UUUACUUGUAUUUUUUUGAACAACAUGUAAGAGUGAGUCGACCUGCCCUGCCACGUACCCGCGCGAAUUUUAACCGCCCCGACCCGUAGUAGCAUGGGGCGGGUAUGGGAAUUGAGGUGCCCGUCCCGCCCUAUUGCCAUCACUAGGUCCAUCAAAAGAAAAGACAAAAACAACAAUUGCCAAAACGUGAAUAACUACUAAGCGGAUUUGAGUUUUCGUUAUUCAGAACUCCCUCGUGAUUGGCUGGUCAACGUAUCCACAUCAUCAACAACAUCCCAAAAAUUCUGUCUCAAAUCCUCGACGUCUAGUGGCAUGGACGGCUUCUGCAGCUGUAUAUAUUCCACUGAUUCAUACCCAAAAAAACAACACCACUACUCAGCCAUGCUAAUGAUGAUGAUUAUUCUCGCCGCGGCGGCAAUCAUUACGAUCGCUGUAGCUCAGAUCGAUCCGCUCUGCCUCCCAGCUCCCACUUCCGGCAAUGAAGAUUUCUACUGCAACAGCCAGAACCUGCCUUCCGAGGCGGCGUACCUGCAACUUACCGCACUGGCGACCACCCGAUUUUACUUCAUCGCCUCUUUUCCGGUCAGUCACUACUGCGGCUGGCACACUUACGGCGAUCAUUAUGACGCAUCCAUUAAGCUCAACAGCUACGCGUCCUGCAGCAUGGGCAGUUCCCAUCAGAAGGAAUGCGAGAGGUGCUUGUCAUUUGCGAGCGAGAUGAUCAAGGCAAGAUGUCCCGGCACGAGUGGGGCUCAGGUCGGGUCGGAUCUCUGCUGCAUUAGGUACGAGGAGUACGGUUUUUGCUGAACGGCGGAAUGUAUGUGUAUUUCAGAAAUACACAUACAUUCCGAUCAAAUUGCCACCUCUAGUAUUUCGUAAGUAGAUGCCAAUAAGAUUCGAGCUCAUAGGGGAGUUUUUAUAAUAAAAAGAUUAAUGCGAUAAAAGAAAAACUCGUCAAUAUCUAGAUAAAAAAAAUGCUAAUUAAGAUCGUUGUGGAUAUGUUGUCACGUAUACCAGUUUUCUUGCAACACAAGUUAUAUAAAGAAAUCAAAGUGACCAAAAAAUUAAGGAGAAGAUAUCGAGAAUCAUGCAAUGAAAUUUUAUAAAAAAAACAUGCAUAAACAACAUCUGAUCCAAUAGAAUUCACUACUUCUCUUUAAGGAAUUUGGUUACCCACUACGGUAUCCUUUUAGGAAAACUCUCAUAUGAAAUUAGAGGGGGUUGGUGUUAUUUAUAGAAAAAGAAGGGUGUGAGGGAAGGGAUGUGACCCUUUGGGUGGGUGGUUACACCCCAACCAACACAUUGGUUCGUUUUAAAAUUAUGAACCAUUGUAUCAGUUCGUCCAUGGUAGUUGGACCGGUUGGUUCGCUGCAACCGCCACAUCGGUUUAGUUUAAUUCGAUUCAACUCGAUUCGAGUUGGUCAAACGACCCAAUCUAACCGAAACAUAACUUUUUAUGUUUGUCUUCUUUAAAAUGUAGCUAAGAAAUAUAGGUACCGACAUUAUUAUUCGUUAUUCUAUAGUGCUGCUAUUUGGUUGAGUCCUCGUAUCAUAUGAAUAUGUCUUCGUUGUUAACUCUCUUGUAUUGAAUUGAUAUUAUAUCCAAUGACUCUCAAGAACGCUAACAUCUUUCAUCAAGUCUUGGUACUAAUAUCGGAGUAUAAAUUACACAAUCCAACAUAACUAACAAUGUACCACCUACUCAUAAUAUCGCAUGCUUCUACGAAGCGUCAUUCUUUCAGAAAGUUCAACCUCAUACCAUCUACUCGUAUCGCGUGCUGAUCACUUCCUACACUUGCGUUUACAUGGAUUUGUGGAAAGUGCAUCUUACAUUUUGAUGUUGUGAAGUUUCUAGAUAUUCGGAAUGACAAGUUUAUAUAAUGCGAUUCCCGUGAAUAUACGUUAUUCAUGUUUUACGUGUGUGUUACACCAAUUUGUAUCUUGAGUGAUUGAACUUGGUUAAUGUGUAUUUACUUGUUGACCAAAAAUCUCAAAUGGGAAAGAGACCAAAAAGGAGGGGGGGGGGGGGGGGGGGGGGGGGGGGUGGUGGUGGUGGUUAGAAAGUAAAUGAGAUGCAUAUAUUAAGUUUUAUUUUCUCAUAUGCAUUUAAGAUAUUGGAGAAAACUAAAAUAUCUAGAUCCAAACAAAAAUAAUUAUUAUUUUUCUCUAAUUCCAAACCUUAGUUAAGAGAUUGAGGAAGAAGACCAUGAUAAAUGAAUUCUUCUCGGGGCUUUAACAAAAUGAACAAGGGAAUUCUUAACAAUCUAUUUCGACACUUGUAACAAUUGUAAUAAUAAAAAAGAUGAGAGGGCAUACCUUAUGUAACCUAAUUCGUCAGCAUCGUCACUCCCGCUUUGGAACGCGGAAAUAGGGGUUGCCAUGGAUAGCAUAUAAUUCGCGAAUUAGUUUCUCAUGGAGUACGGAUUAUGUUUAUGUGGAGCGUGAAUUAGUGACGCUCAUUUAACUCCUCAACAACUUCAUCACCUUUCUUUCGUCCAUCGCUCACACCCCUCUCUUUGUUGUCCUCCUUCGACUAAAUACAACAUAUUCUUUUCUUGCUGCCUGCCUGCAACCAAAUACACCAACAGGGCUUGCGAGUUUGACUCUGUGGAGGACAACCAACCGUAGCUCCUUCCGCCUCCAAAGUACAAUCGGAUUUAAGACUCUAAUCAACGGGAUGGUCAGCA